AAAAAUCUCAAUUCUCUUCCAAAUAUUCCUUUGAACAAUAGGCCCUUUUGUUUUCUGGAAUCCCAGCCAUUCCACCAUUAUAUCCUCUGCAACUUCCUUUUCAUUCUCCGUAAGAAAGAUAAAGAGGAAAAAAAAAAAAAUUAGAGUCCUACCACUACCACCCUCUUCUCUAUAUCUCUGAAUAAAUGUCUCUGAUCCCUCUGCAUCCUUGAAUACACAGCUUCCCCUUUUCCACUAACUUUUCAUUUAAACCAUUCUCCCCAGAAAACCUCUGUUACUUUCUCCUUUCUUGCCAUUUUUUAAAAAAUCUGACUAGUACUCUCUGCAAUUCCUUCACCUCUGCUUAUAUCUUUUUCUCCAUCUCUGAUCUCCUAACCCUAGAGGAAACCUACUGAAAAAAGCCUAUUCUUUCUCUUUACUUUGCUUUCUUCUUUCUUUUUCUUUUCUUUUCUUUUCUUUACCUCUCUCUCUUUCUCAGCACCCAUGCAAAUCAUAAGGCACUCAUGAUAUAAUCAUAUAAUCACUCCUCCAUUACUUUUCAGCUAUUUCUCCCUGAAAUAGCUUUGCCUCCCUAUUCUACUUUCCUCAUCCCUCUCAUUUAAUCCUCUUUCUUUCCUUUUUCACUUUUGCAUUCUUUCUCCCAAGCGAUUUUGACUAAAUUAGAUCUUCAUCAGCCUCAUGUUUUCAAACUCUAUGAGAACUGCAUCACCUUUACCUGAUCUUUCCUUGCAGAUCAGCCCGCCAUCAGCCUCUGAUCGGGAAGCAAUAAAAGAAGUGGGUUAUGACGGAGGAUUAACUAGGAAAGCUUUCUAUAAUGAUAGGAGCUCAACUACGGAUUCUGGUAGCAGUGAAAGCGAUUUGAGCCAUGAAAAUGGCUUCUUUAAUCAAGGGAGAAGUUACAAUCUUGGUCCUAGUGAGCGGACUUUAAGCUUAGGUUUUGAACUGGCAGAUUUGAGUCCUCCAACACUGCAACUAUCGAGAAAUCUUAAUCACCAUCCUCACCGUCACCAACCUCAAAUCUACGGCCGCGAGUUCAAGAGAAAUGGAAGAAUGAUUAGUGGGGUGAAGAGAAGCAUCAGGGCUCCUAGAAUGAGAUGGACCACAACUUUACAUGCUCACUUUGUUCAUGCGGUCCAGCUUCUUGGUGGCCAUGAAAGAGCAACACCCAAAUCAGUUUUGGAGUUGAUGAAUGUGAAGGAUCUAACCCUAGCUCACGUGAAGAGUCAUUUGCAGAUGUAUAGAACAGUGAGGAGCACUGACAAGGGAUCAGGUCAAGGCCAGACAGAUAUGGGUUUGAAGCAAAGUGCAGGAAUCGUUGAUGUGGAUGCAGGAUUAUCUGCUGGAAAAGCUGAAACCAACCCUUCUUGUUCUCUCAACCCACCACAAACAUCACCACUGCCAACCAUACAAGAAACCCAAAUAAGAGGUUCGUGGUCAGCAUCAAUGGAGACAACAGACAAAAAUAGAUUGAACACUGAGGUUUCAACAUAUUCUCAUUUCAAUGCAGAUGAUGCUAAUGAGGACGGAGCCAUGACAGCCCUCCAUAUGUCUGAAAAGGCGAAGGAGAGAUCGGAGUUGGACUCUAGGUCCUUGUCAUCUUCAGACAUGUUGAUUAAUCUAGAGUUUACUCUUGGAAGGCCAAGUUGGCAAAUAGACAGUGUUGAAUCAUCGAAUGAGUUUACCCUUCUAAAGUGUUAAAACACUAACAAAUACACUUGUCUCCUUUUUUUUUUUUUUUUUUUUU